AUGUUAUUAAUUAUACUACUAUUAAUAAAUGCAUUUGCAUUUGUGCAUAAACAAGAGUAAUACUUGAUGGACUUAUAUAAUAAAAUGAAUGCAAUAAAGGAAUUCUUAUCUUAAUUGGAAUAUUACACAGCAUUAGAGAAGUUAGAAAUCAGAUCAAAAGAGAAUAUUGAAUUUGAAGAGGAAAGUCUAGUAAUAUACAAAGAACAUUAUUAAGAUGUAAACAUAAAAAGAUCAUAUUCUAGUUUAUAAAUUCUUUCAAAUAAUAAUAGACAUUUAAUAAAAAUGAAUAGGAAGAUAUAAAAUUGUUUUUAAGAGAAACAUUUCCAGAAGUUGUAGAAAAAAUAAAACGUAUAAUAGCAGAUAAAGUAAAUAUAUAAUUAAAAUUUAGGAAAAAUUAAUUGAAGGAGAUAUAAAAGAACUGGCUAAACUUAAACGUUAAUAAUAAUAAGAAGAUAUAAGUUAAAGAUUUGAAGAAUUGAAUUAUCUACAUAAGAAAAUCUAAGAAGGUAGAUUAAUCAAUAACGAUUAGUUUUGGAAUAGAAUGAUGAAUAAAUCAUUUAUAAAACCUUAGAAUUAUUGGAAUCAAAGAUUAUGAUAGGUUCUUUUAAAUAGAUGUAAAGUUAAGAGGUAGAUUUCUUUAUGAAGAGUGUUGAUAAACUUUUCAGAGAAAAAUAAAAUUUAAAUAAGAAAUAAGAAGCAAUCCAAUUACUUAGUAUAAUGAGUAGUGUAAUAUCAGAAUAUCUUAUUAAAAUGAUGAAUGAUUAAAUUGAAUCUUCUUUUGAUUUAUUAGAUAAGGAACUCUUUUUUACAGAAUCUAAAAAUACUCAUUUCAAUGCAAAAGAAUAAUAUAUUAAUUUAUUAAGUAGAUUAGAUUGUAAAAUUAUUAUUUUAUUUUAAGAAUUUCAUUAAUCUAUUUGGAAACAAAUGAUGGACUUACCAUAAAAUAGCUAUUAAUUAGAAAUAGCUGAAAAAUAAUUUGAAUAAGCAUUAUAAAUAGGAAAUCUUGCUAUAUCAUAUCAUACAUAAAUGAAUGAAAUGAUAAAAGCAAUGAUAGAAAGGUUUUUGUAAAGAUGA